GUUCAAUGAUCCACAUGUCAUGUAUGUACAGUACUCCUGUGCGACAAAAUAAAUGCGUCAUACGACAGGGUCUGUGUAACGGCUGAAUUUUUCACAUAUACCCUAACUCGGUAUUUUUCCUCAAAUAAAUUUUUUUAUUACUCUUGUCCUCACGUACGUCAAUUUCCACCAAUAAAAUUUCACAAAAGUUACUAUAAAAGCCGUUAUGUCUAUCACGUUAUUUUGUCUUGUCAAAGGAAAUACCACCACGAACGCUUUCCCUAUCCAUAUUGAUAAGGGCCAGUUUGUUGGGGACCUCAAAAAAGCUAUAAAAGCGGAAAAACAGAAUGACUUUGCUGGUGUGGACGCAGACAAGCUCAGGCUAUGGAAGGUAGAAAUUGGUGGCGAUCACCUUGACGAUCCAUUGAAAAAUCUCAAGCUCAAUGACAAUAACGAGCUGUCUGCAAUAAACGAAAUUGGAGACUACUGGACCGAGAAGCCUCCCAAGAAGCAUAUUCACGUCUUAGUUGAACCACCCGCUUCGAAUGUUGCUUCGAGUCGUGAACAGGAAUUACUUAUCCGCAUCGCUGCAUUGGAGGAGAAACUUAGCAAGUCUGAAUAUGUAUUCGAUAUUGUCGUUAGUCCAAAACGAACGAAGAGCUUCAAGUGGACCGUAAACAUUGAAGAAGCGACUCUCGUUGGCCUCAAAGAGUAUAUACGUGAAGAAUACAACCCAGCGACACUGGAAAAUGAUGGUGCUGUUUUAAGGAUAUCACCAAGUUUACCGUAGUCAUAGAGACUCCCUCAAAGGCUUUUUCAGAUUGGUCGUUCCCAAAAGUGUGCCAGCUUUAUGGACUUGGUGAAUCAGAUGAUCCUUCAUUAUCAGUAUUUCCACCUUUUACUUGCGAGUAUAAAGAACUUAAUGAUGAUUCUUCCCAGGAAAUACUCAGGAAUCUUAUAACCGAACUGAAUGCACGUCUCAAGACCAUUCCAAUCAGCGGAAAUGAAGCAUCGAAAUCACAAUACGU